AGCUGGCUACUGCUCAGGUGUCACUUUCCUGGCUCGAGAGGAGGCAUGAAUUUUUUGUUAUUAUAUGAGAGUCAAGCAUUAGAAAGAGAUGAAAGCCUGCUUGGAUGUGAAGCGCUCCAGGGAGUUCGUUUUGUGUGCCAUAACCUACUCAUAGCAGCCAGGCGAUGGUGCUUCACCGGGCCAUCCAGGCAGCUCGAGCUGGGGAUGUUGCACUCCUGAAGGAGCUUGCAUCUUCCGGUUACCUCUCCCAGGCCAUCACCGAUGCUCAAGGUGCAGGUCCUGUGCACCACGCUGCAAGAUGUGGACGCCUGGAGUGCCUGCAGUUCCUGGUGGGAGAGCUGGGUCUGGCACCUGACAUCCGGGCCUCAAACAGAGCCACACCAGCACAUGAUGCAGCAGCUACCGGCCACAUCCGGGAGCUGCAGUGGCUGGUGGAUCAAGGAGGCUGCAAUAUAGAGGAUAGAGACUCUGCUGGUGCCAGAGCGCUCCACCUCGCAGCCCGGUUUGGUUGUGUGGGGGUCAUUGAGUGGCUCCUUUCUGUUGGAGGAGACACAGAGGUGGAGACAAACUGUGGAGCUGUACCUGCUCAUUAUGCUGCAGCCUAUGGGGACCUCACCUGUUUAAAACUGCUUGUUCAACAGACACCUGGGAGUGUGAACCAUCAGACUGGACUUGGUGCUACCCCACUCUACCUAGCCUGCCAGGAGGGUCACCUUCAUGUAGUAGAGUACCUUGUGAGUGACUGCCGGGCUGACGUUCACCUGAGGGCCCACGAUGGCAUGACCUGCCUGCAUGCUGCUGCUCACAUGGGCCACCAAGCUGUGGUGGUUUGGCUGGCGACCUCUACUGAUAUCAGCCUGUCCUGCCAAGACAGAGAAGGAGCAACUGCUCUGCACUUUGCUGCCAGCAGAGGGCACUAUUGCAUCUUGGAGACGCUGCUUCACAUGGGAUCAAAGGUCAUCAAGGAUUACUGGGGAGGGACCCCACUUCAUGAUGCAGCAGAGAAUGGAGAGCUGGAGUGCUGUAAAAUCCUGUUGGCCAAUCAGGCAAACCCUUCAGAGCAGGAUAUUGAUGGAUUAACAGCAGCACAGUUGGCAGCUUAUAAUGGACACCAUGAAUGUGCCAGAUAUCUCUGUAUCUCUGUCGUGGAGGAAAAUACUGCCUGUGUGGAUCAAAACAUUGAGUUUACUGCUCCAGCAGAGGAAGAGCUGAAGGUGAAGCAGGCUGUGUUGUUACAGAAUAAGAGGGAGGACUACUACGGCUGCCUGAGCGACACAUGCAGGGACGGUUACAGCUCCAACUCACCCAUGGAUAGUUUAAAGCAACCUGAGAGUGAGGAGUCCCCGCAGGCCAGAUACCCUCAGCCUCCGACUGCACCUCCUUUUUCCUCACCUGCCCAAACAGAGAAAAUAAGCAUCAACAGAAUGGAACAGGUUCAUAUCGCAACAUCUGUUCUUAAAGGUUUCAAUCAGCCCAAGGCCGCUGUGAGUAAGGUAACCAUCCCAGCUGAUAAGACGCCGGAUGCAAAUCUCCUGGCAGAGAGAAAACUUCUUGUUGACAUGAAGUCCAUAAAUUCUUUGAAACAAUCAAGCUUAUCGGGAGUCUUCACCGGACAAGCAAAUAAGAUGGUGGUCCUGCCCACUGAGGAGGCCAACCUGUCGGACAUCGACUACCUGGUGCCCACUCAUGACGAGAGAGGCCGUCCUAUUGCUGAGUGGAAGAGGCAGGUGAUGGUGAGACAGCUGCAGGCCAGACUGCUGGACGAGGAGGAUCAGAGGAGAAGAUUACUGCCUAACCAGACCACAGAAAAUGGGAACAGAUAUGCCAAAGUCACCUGGAGGUACUCCCAAGCCCACAAUGCCAUCCUGGGGCCUUCCGGGGAGCUGCUGGCCGAGGAUGACCUCAUCUAUCUGGAGCAGCAGAUUGCCAACGUCUCCAUGCAGAGGAACUGUGAAGGCUACGAGCUGGAGCUGGCUCGUCUGGCCGAGGAGCUCAGACACAUCUUGCCAGCACCCAUAGUGAACAUCACCGUCAACACACAGUUCAGAAACUUCAAAAGUCACGUUCCUCUUCCCGUGUGGUGUGGUCGAAUCUCAGGCAUUGUGAAGAGCAUGUCUCUGCUCAUGACCAACCUGACAGACCAGCCCUACUGCAAGAUGCCCAACACCGACCUGAUCACUGUGUUCUCUCUGACGCCAGAGAGACAAAACUCAACCAGGGGACGCAGAGAGAGGAUAGAGGAUGAAAUCCAUCAGUUCGGAGUCUCAGUAAGGACUCUGAAGUCUAAUUUUGAGACACUGAACUCCCCUUCAUCAGAAGAGCCAAAGGAGGCUGUCGUGUUGAGUCCUUCCUUGGAACUUGAGGCCACAGAGUCAGACAAACAACCCAAAGUCCUGAGUCCUGCCCAAGAAACAGAUCAGAACAGUGACUCCGGCAUUGAUUAUGAUGAAAAUGUAGCAGAUGUCCAAGAGACCACCAGUCUUAGAAAGGAGCGGAUUGUUGUGCUGUUUUUAGGCCACUGGAAGAAAUCUGCCUACACUGUGACACUGAAGAGCAAGGAUGCAGCAGAGAGGAAGACGAGCGGUGGAAACUCUGGGACAGGCAACAAACCUGAGUCGGUUCGCCGUGGCAGCGAGGAGAGCGCCCAGUCAAAGAUGAUGAACAGCUCACUGGGUCAUUUCUUCAAGCAGAGGAGUGCUGUCAACAAGAUGCUGGGGAACUGGAGGAGCAUGAUCUCCAGUGUUCCGUCCAGACAGAUACGCAGACUCCACAGGCAGCAGGCCCUCUACUCCCCUGAGCAGUUCCUGCCUCGUUUGGAUGGGGUCCCGGUGGAGUACGACAGUCUGACCCUGGAUCUCUUCAUGCUGGGCUACUUUCACAUCCUUGAGCUGGAGCUUCCUGUGGACGAACGCAAGAUGAGGCACCUGCUGUGUUUCGAGGUGUUCGAUCACGUGGGGAGCUUUCCCUGGGAGCUGGUCAGGGACUUCCACAAGGCCGUCAUGCAGGACAUCGAGGCCGGGAACCGUGAGUGGAAUGACGGCUUUGAGGACAUCAAAGUGAAGUUCUUUGGAAACACUGUGAGUCAGUCUGAAAGCAAUGCAGAAGUUGUGAAACAUAUCCUCCCAGAGGUUAGACAGGUCCCUAAAGUCAUUGUGCAGACACCCACACCCGAUGAGGGGAUGCUCCACAGUGGAACGGACAUUUCUAGUUUUAGCAAUGAGGAGAUUUGUAAAUACAUCGACCGCAGUUUUGCUUUUUGGAAGGAAAAAGAGGCCGAGAUUUUUGAUUUUGAUAUUGAGUAGUUGCUUGUGACGUCUUUUUUUGAUAUUUUUUGUAUGGUUUGUAGUUUGAUCAAACGAGGGCUGGGUAUCACACCCUAACCCCAAACGCUGUUUGAAUUAUAUUGGGUUUUUUUAACUAUCAAGUUCUGAAACUAGCACAGAAUGCUUUGCCAGGUUGUACACCUUGUUUACUUCAUUUAUCAGAUAUUGCUUGAUUUGAAUUGUGAUUUUCUUAUUUUUAUACUGUUUUAUUAGAAUCAGAAGUUUGCACUAAAAUGCUCAUUUUUAAAAGAUGUUCAGAAAAUUUAUUAUAUUAUUACAUUUUUACUGAAUAUUUUGGUACUUCUGCUCAAACUCAGUUGUCAAAUUAAUUUCAAACCAUACUCAUCAACUCCAUGACAAAAAAGAGGAGUGCCUAAGUUGUAAGUGUGUGUUUAUUUCUGAGUAAACAUAUUCAUUUUAAGAUUAGGAUUUUUUAUUUGAUAAGAAAAACAAAUCAUUGAAAAUGUCCCUAACAUGCCCAUAACAUGAUCUGGUGAGAAACG